AUGGCGAUCACCAAGUCUCCGACAGAGAAGUCUGACGCUGGAUCCAAGGCGGCGGCGGCCACGACUAGGGCUUCCUCUCCCUUGGCGGACAAUCGGCGCGAAGGAGUCGUGGUGGACAAGACGGAGAGUGACAAUCUCCAAGCCUCGAUGCGCACCAUCAUGGCGAUGAAGUUGAGGACCGACUCCAACAUGGAGGAGGUGCAGGCUGAGGUGGAAGAAGCCAGGCGUGAACGUGACGUGAUCAUGCAACUCCUCACCAACAUGAGGGAGGAGCAGAGACGGCUGGCUGCGACACUGGGGCUCAGCGGGAGAGAUCGGGCCGAGAUGGGGGAGACCGGGACUAGCCCAGCGGCGGUGGCGGGCCCUCGCGCGGGCGCGAGAGGUGGAGGCGCGGAGGCGGUCUCGGCGGCUGGCGUGACGGCGGUCCCGGUGGGUAGCGGAGCGGCGGCGGUUCCGGCAGGCAGCGGUGCGACGACCGGGCCAGGAGGAGGGGCAGCCGCGACCACCGUAGGGCAGGCCGCGGUUGAGCGAGUGGGCUCCGAUACUGAAGGGCCUCGUAAUGGGCCCGGGCUGCUACCAACUCCGACGGGUGAGGAGAUCGCGGCCAUACGGGGUAAGGCAAAGAUGCCGGGCUACGACAACGUGGUCCAAAAUCCGUGUUUCAACCCAAUGGGCUCACAACCCAUGGAGCGCGAGAUGGGCCGAGUGCAGCGGGCCGGGAGCGGGUUCGAUCGGGCAGGCGGGGAGGAUCGAGGCAUGGUGAACCGGUCGGGCCCCAACGGUCGAAUCGGGUUGGGUUGA